UCAGGUAUAGGCCCGGGGUUCUGUGAGGUUUGCGCAGGGUCUUGGACACCCUUCAGCUUUCCCUGGGCUUGGCAUUGCUGGAGUCUCCUGUCCUCUGCCGGGCUUCCACUCCCUGCCUCCCUCCCCUCUGCUGAGCUUGGUGGAUGCGUAGGGCCCAUCUCCACCCCGAUAAGGGCGGGGCUGAGAGCCAGAGGAGCGAGUCCCAGGAACUUCUCAGCAGAGUGAUACUCCCCUCUGCAUGGCUCCUGGGCACCUGGGAAAGGUGUGUGGGGAGAGGUGGAGUCAGAAGGGGAAGCUUCUGAAGGGGAAGUCAGAAGGGGAACAUGGGGGGGCGGCUGCUCUCAGGUCCCACUUUCCCUGUCUGUCUCUGCAGGAGCCGGCUGCUUUCUCAUCUCUCCUCCUGCCUGUCCUUUCCUGGUCCCUGCUCCCUUUUCUUUCUGCCUUCACUGCUUCUGCCCUCAUCCCCUGGAGACCCAGGUCUGCUGGACCCGUCUAUCCCCCUUGGGGCCAUGGGAUCGCUGCUUGGGCUCCUGCUGCUGCUGCUGCGGGGCGCUGUGGCUGAGGGCCCGGCCAAGAAGGUGCUGACCCUGGAGGGUGACCUGGUACUGGGUGGGCUGUUCCCGGUGCACCAGAAGGGUGGCCCCGCAGAGGACUGCGGUCCCGUCAAUGAGCACCGGGGCAUCCAGCGCCUGGAAGCCAUGCUUUUCGCGCUGGACCGCAUCAACCAAGACCCUCACCUGCUGCCUGGCGUGCGCCUAGGUGCACACAUCCUGGACAGCUGCUCCAAGGACACACACGCCCUGGAGCAGGCGCUGGACUUUGUGCGCGCCUCGCUCAGUCGGGGUGCUGACGGCUCACGCCACGUCUGCCCUGACGGGUCUUACGCUACCCAGGGCGAUGCUCCCACCGCUAUCACUGGUGUCAUCGGUGGCUCCUACAGUGACGUCUCCAUCCAGGUGGCCAACCUUCUGCGGCUGUUUCAGAUCCCACAGAUCAGCUACGCCUCCACCAGUGCCAAGCUGAGCGACAAGUCUCGCUACGACUACUUUGCCCGCACGGUGCCCCCGGACUUCUUCCAGGCCAAGGCCAUGGCCGAGAUCCUCCGCUUCUUCAACUGGACCUACGUGUCCACUGUGGCUUCUGAGGGUGACUACGGCGAGACGGGGAUCGAAGCCUUUGAGAUGGAGGCCCGUGCCCGCAACAUCUGCGUGGCCACCUCGGAGAAGGUGGGCCGCGCCAUGAGCCGUGCUGCCUUCGAGGGGGUGGUGCGAGCCCUGCUGCAGAAACCCAGUGCCCGUGUUGCCGUCCUCUUUACCCGCUCUGAGGAUGCCCGUGAGCUGCUUGCUGCCAGCCAGCGCCUCAACGCCAGCUUCACCUGGGUGGCCAGUGACGGCUGGGGGGCCCUGGAGAGCGUUGUGGAAGGCAGCGAGGGGGCAGCCGAGGGUGCCAUCACCAUUGAGCUGGCCUCCUACCCCAUCGGCGACUUUGCCUCCUACUUCCGGAGCUUGGACCCCUGGAACAACAGCCGGAACCCCUGGUUCCGUGAGUUCUGGGAGCAGAGAUUCCGCUGCAGCUUCCGGCAGCGAGACUGUGCUGCCCACUCCCUGCAGGCCGUGCCCUUUGAGCAGGAGUCCAAGAUCGUGUUUGUGGUCAAUGCAGUGUAUGCCAUGGCCCAUGCACUGCACAACAUGCACCAUACCCUCUGCCCGAACACCACCCGCCUCUGCGAUGCCAUGCGACCUGUCAACGGGCGCCGCCUCUACAAGGACUUCGUGCUCAACGUCAAGUUUGACGCCCCCUUCCGCCCCGCCGACACGGACAACGAGGUGCGCUUCGACCGCUUUGGCGAUGGCAUUGGCCGCUACAACAUCUUCACCUACCUGCGGGCGGGCAGUGGGCGCUACCGCUACCAGAAGGUGGGCUACUGGGCAGAAGGCCUGAGCCUGGACACCAGCCUCAUCCCCUGGGCCACCCCCGCGGCCGGUGCCCUGCCUGCCUCCCGCUGCAGCGAGCCCUGCCUCCAGAACGAGGUGAAGAGCGUGCAGCCGGGUGAGGUGUGCUGCUGGCUCUGCAUCCCCUGCCAGCCCUACGAGUACAGGCUGGACGAGUUCACCUGUGCCGACUGCGGGCUGGGCUACUGGCCCAACGCCAGCCUGACUGGCUGCUUUGAGCUGCCGCAGGAGUACAUCCGUUGGGGCGACGCCUGGGCCGUGGGGCCUGUCACCAUUGCCUGCCUGGGUGCCCUGGCCACCCUCUUUGUGCUGGGUGUCUUUGUGAGGCACAAUGCCACGCCUGUGGUGAAGGCCUCUGGCCGGGAGCUCUGCUACAUCCUGCUGGCUGGUGUUUUCCUCUGCUACUGCAUGACGUUCAUCUUCAUCGCCAAGCCGUCCACGGCCGUGUGCACCUUACGGCGCCUCGGUUUGGGCACUGCCUUCUCCGUCUGCUACUCAGCCCUGCUCACCAAGACCAACCGCAUCGCGCGCAUCUUCGGCGGCGCCCGGGAGGGGGCCCAGCGGCCGCGCUUCAUCAGCCCUGCCUCGCAGGUGGCUAUCUGCCUGGCACUUAUCUCGGGCCAGCUGCUCAUCGUGGCUGCCUGGCUGGUGGUGGAGGCGCCGGGCACCGGCAAGGAGACGGCUCCUGAACGGCGGGAGGUGGUGACGCUGCGCUGCAACCACCGCGACGCGAGCAUGCUCGGUUCGCUGGCCUACAACGUGCUCCUCAUCGCGCUCUGCACGCUGUACGCCUUCAAGACCCGCAAGUGCCCCGAGAACUUCAACGAGGCCAAGUUCAUCGGCUUCACCAUGUACACCACCUGCAUCAUCUGGUUGGCCUUCCUGCCCAUCUUCUACGUCACCUCCAGUGACUACCGGGUUCAGACCACCACCAUGUGCGUGUCGGUCAGUCUCAGCGGCUCCGUGGUGCUGGGCUGCCUCUUCGCGCCGAAGCUGCACAUCAUCCUCUUCCAGCCGCAGAAGAAUGUGGUGAGCCACCGGGCACCCACCAGCCGCUUUGGCAGUGCCGCCACCAGGGCCAGCUCCAGUCUUGGCCAAGGAUCUGGCUCCCAGUUUGUCCCCACGGUCUGCAAUGGCCGAGAAGUGGUGGACUCAACGACAUCGUCGCUUUGAAGACACCGCAUUCCUGCCCUGACGCGGCUGCUCCCUGGAAACCGGCGCAGACCCAAGUCCACGGCCGGGAGGAAGUCGGCUGGAGCACUGCAAUAACACGACCCCACGCCUGCCCUCAAGGUCGUACCCACCCGCCCACCUGCCCCUUCCAAGUCAGCAGUCAGGUCCUUAGCUGGGGAGCCGCUGUCCUUACCCCGCCAGCUGUAACCCCUGCUUGCUAGGCCUGGGGGUCAGAGGGGAAGAGCCAGGGUCCCUGUGCUCUGGAAAGGGGUGGUUGAAGAGCGUGGGCCCUGAUCCCCAGUCAGCAAAGGUGCUUCCAGCCCUGUCCCUCCCCCGCUCCUCGGGCCUUUUAAAUUUUUUAUAUGAGUUACUCUGGGACGGGAAGGGUGGUUACUGUGGGGGUCAUUCCUCCCUCUGCAAAGUAGUUCGUCUUGUGGUUUAUUUUGUAUUAUCUGUAAAUAAAGUGUCUUUAUUUUAAAAACAUUCUCUUUUCCCUUGACCCAGGGAAGCCCCUCGUGGCCCCCUCAGCCCCUCCACCUUGAUUCUGCUACUGUUGAUGGGCGCUGCUCAUCGCCUGGUGCUGACGCCUCUGAGACAGACCUCCCCUUGCCUGGGGGGCGAUGUAAAACGGGUGAACCGCCCUCCCUUAAAGGGAGCCUGUGUCAGGCAGAGUCUUGCAACUGGGACCAAACGCGUGACACCUGGAAAUUCAAGGAGAGUUUCUUUUGGCCUGUGGUUUUCACAGGCUUCAGCCCUUGGUUAGCUGGCUCCAGGCAGAUCCGCACGGGAAGGAACCACUGAGGCCCUGGCAGGCAGGAAGCCAGGAGAGAAGGGGACACGGGACAGGCGCGCCCACCCCGAGCGCAGCCCCAGGGGCCGCCCCCUUCCCCGCGCCCACCUCUGACUUGAGGUCUGGGGGACCUUUUAGAUUAAACCAUAGCAGGGUCCCUGCAGCCUGGCCAAGACACCUCUGGGGUGAGGGCAGGAGGUUUACGUGGCCGGGUUCCUCUGCCAGUCCAAGGGAGGGGUUUCGCAGAGGCUCUGCCUGCCACAUGGUGUGGGGUGACCGUGAUCCCAGGGAGUGGCACACUUUCUCACGGCUGGCUGCCUCGCAUUUGGAGGAGCUGUUGGUCAGCGCACAACCAGGCGGGGCAUGGGGCCGCUCAUCAUCUGCUCACGUGGCGCACACAAAACCAGGCAGAGCUCCUGAGGAGGACAGCGGAUGAGGCCAGGAGGACACAGAAGUGUGGACCAGCCCCAGAGCCCAGUCUUUGGGCCUCUCCCCUGUCUGUUAUCUGGACCUCACCGGCAGAGGGCGCCAGGGCCCAGCCGCGGCCUCAUGGCUCCCGGCCCACGGCUGCCAUCAUGUGGCCUGGAGGACAGUGGGCCCUGAACCAGAGGACUAAGACAGCACCAGGAGGGGCUGUGGCAGCGAGAGCCUCAGGGUCCUGCGGUGGGUGGCGGGCAGGCCAGGGACGCUUGCUGUUUUCAUUUGCUUCUGCAAAUGAUGAGGCUGUGAAAAUUGGGGUUAACAAUUUAAAAUGUGGAAACGGAAAAAUGGAAAAAAGAAAACCAAUUGCAGAAGAGUUUCUCCUCUGCCAGCACCUGGGAUGUAAGCAGGACAGAUAAAAUGGGGGCUGCUCAGUUAACUACAAAGUUCAUAGACAGUGAGCACUUUUUAUUACCUCUGCCCCACACGUACACUAAAGGAUUUUGUUUAUCUGGGCAUCCUCUGUUUUCUCUGCCAAGGUUGGCACUGCCCGGGGAGUGGUCUGUAUUCCAGCUUCUUGGCCCAGAGACAGGAGAGGACCCCCACGCUCCCUAAGAGCUACUUUUCCUUCCUCCUCUGUGGUUGCCCCAAAUGCUGUGAGUGGGAGAGACGAUAGGAAACUAGAAGGUAGCUGUUGGGGACGGGAAUGCAGGCCAGAGCAGGAGAGGGAAAUGGGAUGGGAAACGGUCAGGAUAUGUUGUAUGUGCGUUCUGCAAAGUGGGCAUCCCUGUAUUGUAUCACAGACACGCACUAAAGACGCCGACACCAACAGCAGCAGCAAUGCAUCGCAACCUGGGUGCCAAGGGCUUCUCCGGGAGACAUUUGCUUCGGUGGGAGAAAGCCCCGGGGACUCCACCCUGCACCUUCUCUGGGUGAUCUGGCUGUCCGUAGCCCUCUCCCCUACGUCCUGCAGGGGCUCCUCCCUUUCUCAUGACCAAACAGCACGUCUAGCACUGCACAUACGACCUGCCGGUUUUUCCCUACAUAAGCCUUAGAGGUACAGUCCGUCUGCUCUUCUACCUGCUGCUGCAGCACAAGUUCCAAUAAAGCCU